AUGGAGUCUUCAAGUCACAUCAUUGAGGUGAAUGUAGGAAGAUCUGAUGAGCAAAGUAUGAUUGUGGCAAGUAAAGUCUGUGGAGAGGCACCGUGUGGGUUCUCAGACGCCAAGAAUGCUUCAGGGGAUGCCCAAGAACGCAAUGCUUCUAUGCGGAAGCUCUGCAUCGCGGUGGUGUUGUGUCUUGUGUUCAUGAGCGUUGAAGUUGUUGGUGGGAUCAAGGCCAAUAGUUUGGCUAUACUAACAGAUGCAGCACAUUUGCUCUCUGACGUUGCUGCCUUUGCCAUCUCUCUCUUCUCCUUGUGGGCUGCUGGUUGGGAAGCCACGCCGAGGCAGACUUACGGCUUCUUCAGGAUUGAGAUCUUGGGAGCUCUUGUGUCUAUCCAGCUCAUUUGGUUGCUCACUGGCAUCUUGGUUUAUGAAGCCAUUAUAAGACUGCUUACAGAGACUAGUGAGGUUAAUGGAUUCCUUAUGUUUGUUGUUGCUGCGUUUGGUCUGCUGGUGAAUAUCGUUAUGGCUGUGAUGCUUGGGCAUGAUCAUGGUCAUAGUCACGGUCAUAGCCAUGGUCAUGACCAUGGAAAUCAUAGCCAUGGGGUGACUGUUACCACUCAUCACCAUGAUCAUGGUCAUAGUCAUAGUCAUGGAGAGGACAAGCACCAUGCUCAUGAGGACGUCACUGAGCAGCUCUUGGAGAAGUCAAAGAAGGAGAAAGAGAAAAGGAAAAGGAACAUCAAUGUGCAAGGAGCUUAUCUUCAUGUUCUUGGUGAUUCAAUUCAGAGCGUUGGUGUUAUGAUUGGAGGAGCUGUCAUUUGGUACAAUCCGAAAUGGAAGAUAGUUGAUCUGAUCUGCACUCUUGUCUUCUCGGUUAUCGUCUUGGGGACAACUAUCAACAUGAUUAGAAGCAUUCUUGAAGUGUUGAUGGAGAGUACACCUAGAGAGAUUGAUGCUACGAAGCUCGAAAAGGGUUUGCUUGAAAUGGAAGAAGUGGUGGCUGUUCAUGAGCUUCACAUUUGGGCUAUCACAGUGGGGAAGGUUUUGCUUGCUUGCCAUGUCAAUAUUAGACCAGAAGCAGAUGCAGAUAUGGUGCUCAACAAAGUGGUUGAUUACAUCCGCAGAGAGUACAAUAUCAGUCAUGUAACCAUACAAAUCGAGCGGUGA